UCUCCCAACUCCUCAACCAGUGACUUCCUGCUGGUAGCUUGAAAUCAGCCGUGGUGGAAGUAUUUACACCACGGAAACCAGCAAACACCUAUAAACUGGGGUUUCUUUUUUUUCCAGAGAGCCAGUGGUUAAAUUCACCACUGGGUGAAUCCAACUGGUUUCAUUUCUAGGAAUCACACCUCAUUCUAGGUAGAGUGGCGUAUUCAGUGGAGCAUCCUUCUAGAGCACAAGAGGCUGGGGCUGGUGUGGGAUGAAGGGACAGGAUGCUGAGGACCCAGACCAGCAGCCAGUGCUUGGCCAGGCUUCCCUGGAUACCCUUCUCUAAAAAGAAGAUGGCUCAGUAGUUUGUGGCUCACGGGCCCAGUUGCUCCGCGGCACGUGGGAUCUUCCCAGACCAGGGCUCGAACCCGUGUCCCCUGCAUUAGCAGGCAGAUUCUCAACCCCUGCGCCACCAGGGAAGCCCCCUCCUGCUCUUUGACAGCACUCGGCUUUCAACUUACCAGCUGUCACAGGCCGGUCUGACCUGGGCUUGGGGCAGCCACUGGAGAAUGGGGAAGUCCGCACUCUGAAGGUCGCCGCCUUGAGGUUCACCUUGGUAGAGCAGCCUCCAUGGACGCUUCCUGGAAACCUUCAGAGAAGCCGGCCCAGGUCCCAGGUACCUCAAUGCCGUGUCUGAGGGCAGGAACCGGAAACAUUGAGAACCCAUUCAAAACAGGAGGAGAAGGCAGAGGAAGUGACAGGAUCAGAACAGCUGCUGGCUGGCCACCCACUCUGUCCUGGCCCUCCCUCGCUCAGAUCUGCGGGACUCAGGCCUGUGGGAGAGGAGGGCCCAGUGUUAGGAAGCCCGGCGGCCCAGGUGCGAGGAGCAGCAGGGAAAAGAACCAGUCUGUCUGGGCCAUCCGCCUCCCGUGGGCCUCAGUGAUGGGGAACGUCAUGGACGGUAAGUCGGUGGAGGAGCUGAGCAGCACCGAGUGUCACCAGUGGUACAAGAAGUUCAUGACCGAGUGCCCCUCCGGCCAGCUCACCUUCUACGAGUUCCGCCAGUUCUUCGGCCUCAAGAACCUGAGCCCAUGGGCCAGCCAGUACGUGGAGCAGAUGUUUGAGACCUUUGACUUCAACAAAGACGGCUACAUCGACUUCAUGGAGUACGUGGCGGCGCUGAGUCUUGUCCUCAAGGGGAAGGUGGAACAGAAGCUGCGCUGGUACUUCAAGCUCUACGACGUGGACGGCAACGGAUGCAUCGACCGCGAUGAGCUGCUCACCAUCAUCCGGGCCAUCCGAACCAUUAACCCCUGCAGCGACUCGACCAUGACCGCAGAGGAGUUCACCGAUACAGUGUUCUCCAAGAUUGACGUCAAUGGGGAUGGGGAACUCUCCCUGGAGGAGUUCAUGGAGGGCGUCCAGAAGGACCAGAUGCUCUUGGACACGCUAACCCGAAGCCUGGACCUUACCCGCAUUGUGCGAAGGCUCCAGAAUGGAGAGCAGGAUGAGGAGGGAGCUGGUGGCAGGGAAAGUGAGGCAGCGGAAGUAGCCGGCUGAGUCCACCGCCCUACUGUUUCUGUAUUGGGGAGGGGUGUGUGGUGGUGCCUGGUGUCUCGUUGUUUUCAUACUAGAUGGAGUCUUCUGAACUCAAAGGCUCAGCUCACCUGCUCGGGGCACAUGGUGGCAGCAGAGGGGCAGGGGUGGGGAUUCAGAGCAGGGGACAGUGAAGGACGGUUCCUGAACCCUCUGUGCGACUCAGCUGGUGGUGACCGCUCCCUGCUGGGGGAAGCCUUCAACAUCCCUCAGGCUCCUCCCCAGCCCCUUCUGGCCCCUCCCCCAGCUUUUACCAGCUCUCCCACUGAGCUUCUCCAGUUCCACGCUCUUCUGGACAGAGAAGCUCUGAGGCAGAGGUGGGCUUUCCCGGGACUCUAAUGGGAUCACACAGAUCUGGUGGCUGCGGCCUCCAUCUGGGUGCUGUAUCACACACCCAUCCUGCCCCCAGCAUCCCAGAGUGUACUUGUGUGGUCUGUGUUGAUUCGUUCCUCCCUUCAACAAGCAUUUAUCGAACACCUACUUUGUAUUAAUGCUAGAUGUUAGACGUGCAAAGAAGAGGACAAUUCUCAUCCUCAAAGAUCUCACAGGCCAAGCAUCAUUAUAAUAAAAUAUGAUACUAUAGACAGUGCUCCUUUAUCCAGAGGAAAUCCAUAUUUAUUCAGAAGUGACUGCACAACACCCUCGUUCUUCCUCUGCUGGCCCCUCGGUGGCACAUGGUGCCACGUGGUUCCCCACAGGAUUGUGACUCAUUGUUUGUGGCAAGUGUCCUGACCAUCCCUGAUCUAGCCUAAAUCCCUCUUGCUGCAGUGACACCUGACAGCCAGUUGGGAAGUAGAACAGUCUGUUAUAGGUGGGCUCUAUCCCCAUUCUUUGCACACCCCAACUUUAGGAACACCUGUCCAAGAACCUGGGGAGAGACAUAGGCUGGAGCAGUUAUGACCAUUUUUUCAAAGAUGCUCUUUCCUUCUGAACUUUGAGUCUUCGCUUCAGCGGGGUGUGAGGGAAGUUCAGGGAGUAAAAAAAAAAUCCAGGGGUGGGAGGGAGCAAACAAGUGGAAAGGGGGGUAAACCCCCAGCUUGCAGAGAGCCCCCUUGGGCGGGGAGGAGAGGAUGUGUUUUGCUCACACCGUCCUGUCCAUCACGUGAACCACUUCAGACUGGGAAGUCAGCCAGGGCCUGAGCACAGACAUGGAGGGAAGGUGGAGCUCAAUGCCUGGGGCAACCUGGAAAAAAAGGGAGUUGACAUUUCUGCUUCUUCUCUUGGUGGCUGCCUCUUGGGAAAUCCUGGAGGUCAAAGCUGGGAGGGUAUUUGGAUAGAACUGGGACAUUUCCCCAACCUCAUUCACAUACCAUCUUCAUGAUCUGGGGCAUAUCUGUGUCCCAGCUGGAUUACUAUUAUUUUUUAAUCAACUAUUUUUUUACCUUACAUUUGUUUCUAAAGGAAACUUUAUAUGAAUAUAAUGCCCAUGAAAUCAAAUCACAGGCUCCACAAGUUAGUUUUAUUCUUCAUACAUCAACACAGAAACAUAUCUAGUCACAUGAGUUCCUUUUCUGAGUUCCUCAGCACCCCAUGCAACCAGAGUGACUGCCUUUUAUUUAUUUUUGGCUGCGUUGAGUCUUCGUUGCCGCGUGCGCGCUUUCUCUAGCUGCAGCAAGAGGAGGCUACUCUUCGCUGCUCAGUAGUUGUGGCGCAUGGGCUUAGUUGCUCCGCAGCAUGUGGGGUCUUCCC